AUAACAUCACUCUACAGCAGAACAGUGGAAUAGCUAACACGUCUCUUACAACCAUCUGAAGUAUUUCUUUGGAGGGGUCAGAAUGGACCCCUUGGCGGAAGUAUGUAGGAUACGAAUGCUUGGGAAUGAUUUCUACAAAAAUGGACACUAUUUACAAGCUACCAAGAAGUAUGAGGAAGCCAUAAACAUUUUGAUCCAGUUUCACUAUAUGGGGAAUUUUCAAAAGGAUAUGGCUGUACUUUUUUGCAAUAGGGCAAACUCCCUGUUCAAACUUGGCAAAUACCAGGAGGCUUUUUUGUCUGCACAACAGAGCCUAACUAUUGAUACGUUUCAUGUUAAGGCAUAUUACCGUGCUGGUUGUUGCAUGCUAAAGUUAAAUCAAACUGAUACUGCCCUAAUGAUGUUUCUAAAUGGACUUCUGCAUGGCACAUCUCAACCAGAAAUUAUUGCAGACUUUCUGACUGAAAUAUUGGUGGUCUUUGAAGUUGGAGGAGCCAACCAUGCUUUUCUUGCGAAUUUUGAAUAUAUUCUAAGAGAACAAUACAGUAAACAUAUUUGGAAGACGGUCAUCAAGAGACUAGUACAAAGAGGGAUGUAUAAGGCAUGUCUUUUUCUAAUGUCAACUGAGCUUUCUAGGGGCAUCAGUGACUUGCAAGUUUCACUCAAGGGCAUUUUUGAGACAUUUUUGAACCCAUUAUACUACAGAGAUAUGUCCCUCAUACAUGGCCUUGUAAUGUGGCUAUUAACUAUGGGAGCAGACGUGGAUACCAUUGGAAAGUAUCCUCUACAUUCCAUUUUGAAGCUUUGCAUUCAAGCAGGUGAUUACAACCUCCUGGAACUUGUGCUGAGGAAGACAUCUGCUAUGAAGAAUCAAAUUAAUCAAAAAGAUGAAAAUGGCAAUACACUUUUACACAUAGUAGCAUCUUCGCCAGUCUCUAUGCACUACACAAUGAAGCGUCAAGCACAAAAUGUAAAGAUUCUCCUGGAUUAUGGAUGUGACCCUGGUAUCACAAAUCGAGAAGGAUUAGAUGUCUCGGCUGUAAUAAAGAAAAACAGAAACUUCAAAGCAGAAUCUAUAAUAAAUAAACAUACAGAAAAACAGAGACCCUUUGCAUCUGAGCCCACAAGACCAUCAGAUAAGCAUGAAGCUGCUGCUCUGGAGGAUGAACCAGCAUCUUUUGCCAGUGCCCUGGAACAGUUUGUAGAUUUCUGCGAGCAGAACAGCACACAAACUGACCAAAUCACAAAACUCUUAAAACACAAUACCGUUACUCAUUUUCUGCAAGUCCUGUCCACCGUGAAAGAAAUCCCCGCGAAAUUGACUUGCGACAUCCCAGAGUCUUUUAUUCAAGGCCUCAUAGAUCAAUUAAUAUCUCAGGAAAAGUGGCAUGAGAUUUUGCUUCUCCUUACUAGAAAUGCCACUGGAGAAACAAAAGAUGCACAUCAGGGAUUGUUUAAAAAAUGCCGCCUUCCUAACGUCAAUAUUGGGAGUGUCAUAGGUUGCGUGGAUCCCACCAGCAAGAUACGGUUGCCCUUAGUGAAAAUUCUGUUGGAUAAAGGAGCUCCUCCAAAUGGGAUUGGGGCAGAUUUAGAAGAGCCAAUUCAAACAUGCCUAAAGAAAAAUGAUUUUGCUUUGGCUUACUUAUUACUGAGUAGAGGUGGAAAUCCACAGAGCUUGACCAUUAAAGAUGGGGACAUGCCUAUACACACUGCGGUUGCUGUUGCUUUAAAUAAGAAUGGUGAUGAUGGAAUUAGGAUGCUGAAACACCUUCUUGAUUUAUACUCAUCUGAUCCAUUUGAAUAUUCAUAUUUAGAUCCCAACAAACAGGACAAAAAUGGUGACACUGUGAUGCACUUGCUUUUCAGAAGUGACUAUUCUAAGCAGUACCAACAAUUAAUGGAUUUCCUUGCCAAAUUUGACAUCAAAUUAACAAUAAAAAAUAAAAUGGGAAAAGAUGCCAAGCACAGAAUAAAAAAUAAAGACCCACGUUUUAUUGCUUGGACUGAGGCUAAAAAGAGAAUUAAGAGAGAUCAGCCUAGCAUGUCUGCCAAGUCAAUGGCAAGUAAAAAAAUCCCUUCGUUUACACCAGGAACCAAUUCACCUACUCCCAAAAUACUACAUCAAGCCCAAAAGCAUCAAGACAAUACACUCCAAAAUAAUUUAUCUGUGAAUGAACAUGCAUUAGAUGAUCGCUUUUCUGAGACAGUAGUACUCACUGAGAAGCCAAUGACUUUGAGAGAGAACCUUGCUCAGGCAAUACGAGAUUUAAUUAAAAGCAUGGAACUGGGCAAAUUGUCAUCAGAAGCUGAUGCUCCAAGUCCAACUUUGCCAUUAAAUAUGAAUAUAAUAGACAAUAUUAAUUUGCCUAUUGCUUAUACACAUGAUACCACAGCACCAACUAAUGACCUUGGGGAAAAUACAUGUGCAGAGAUCAAUGGUGCUGCAGAAUUUUCUGGCAAUGAACAUUGUGUGCUUUACAAUAAUGAAAAGCCAACCGAAAUAUUGGAAACAGACCUAGAUCUCUCAAAAAUUGACUUCAAUAACAUGACUUGGGAAAUCGAGUGUGCUCCAGAAGCCCUUAAGAAACUAGGGAGCAAGGUUAUACCUCAGUAUAUGAAAAGUAAGAUCAUACAUUCCAUUCUGAAACUUGGAAACGGAGAAUGGACACGAAGCCUCUGCAAACGACUAAAAUGCACUAAAUGUGAUAUUAUGCUCUAUGAAGUGAAAUUGGACAAAGGGGCAAGGUUGCUAUGGGAACUUGCAAUUGAUUUUUCCCCACGUUGCAGCAAGGAGCCAGAAGAGAUAAUGUCAGAAUUUUCUUUCCAUGACUCAGGAAAAACUGGGAGAGUUUACACAGAAAUAAUUAGGAUAUGGGACAUUGUACUUGACCAUUGCAAACUCAGUAACACAAUUGAAUACGUAUGUAGUUCCUACAGCCGAGGCUUGAGCUGUAUACUGAGGAAAAAACUGAAAGUUCUAACCAAGACUCUAGUUUCUUCAAAUGUGGAAAAUCGGAUUCCUAAUUACUUUGUAGAGUAUAUAGAGCUGGAAACAAACACGCAGCAUAUUAUCCCGGAUUAUUUUCCUCCUGCAAGUGCAGUGGAAACAGAAUACAAUAUCAUGAAAUUCCACAGCUUCAGCACAGACAUGGCACUUAAUAUACUAAGUAACAUAAAUUCCAGGGUUGAGUAUCCCUUUAGAGUUGGUGAAUUAGAAUAUGCUGUCAUCGACCUCAAUCCACAGCCUCUGGAGGCAAUCAUUUUAAUUGGCAGAAGUGGAACAGGAAAAACAACUUGCUGUAUGUAUCGUCUUUGGAAGAAGUUCCACUCGUACUGGGAAAAGGCUGAGGCUGUUGGUGAGCCAUUGCUUGUGAAGCAGACAUGGCAGAGAAAAAAGUAUGAAGACUUUACUGAAAAGGAUGAAACAGGGGAAGAAGAUACUACUGAAACAGAAUCUUCUGACAGCACAGAUGAAGAACAAAUGCCAUUGCCAGGGGACAUUGCUGAAGAUAUCAGUUCCCCAGAAUGUAAAGAAGAUGAAACUGUCAAACUGGAGCACUACCAUCCUAUAUUUAUCACCAAAAAUAAUGUCCUUUGUCGAGAGAUUCAAAGGAAUUUUCUUGAGUUAAGCAAGUCUACAAAAGCAACAAGUCAUUUUAAACCUGUUGAACAUAAUAUUUACAAGUUACAAGACUUAAAAGAUGAGAAUUUCCCCAUGUUUAUCACCUCUCAACAGCUGCUGCUGUUACUGGAUGCUUCAAUGCCUGAUCCGUUUUUCCCCAGAAAUGAAGAUGGGAGUCUUAAAAGGAAUAUUAAUGGAUGGUCCUUAUCAGAUGAAUUUGAUAUACCAGAUGUGUUAAGGCAGGAUGAUGAAGGAGAUGCUGACCAAGAAAUCGAUGAAGAGGAAAAUAUCUGUGAGCUGCAAGAAAAUGAUCCUCGUGCUUUUGUAACAUUUGAGCUAUUUACCAGCCUCUUUUGGCCUAAGAUGGUGCGGGGAAAAUCUCUGUACAAUGCAGCACUGAUAUGGAAAGAGAUCAAGUCAUUUUUAAAAGGCUCCUUUGAAGCUCUGAAUUGUCAUCAGGGCAAACUCACAGAGGAUCUGUACAUUAAACUUGGUAGAAAAAGAGCUCCAAAUUUUCAAGGAGAUCGUAAAGAAAUAUAUCGCCUUUUUUGCCUGUAUGAACAAUUAAAGUCUGAGAGGGGUUACUUUGAUGAAGAGGAUCUUCUAUAUGAUUUGUCCCGUAGGCUUUCAAACCUUGAAGAACUUCCAUGGUCUAUUCAUGAGCUGUAUGGAGAUGAGAUUCAGGACUUCACUCAAGCAGAGCUCUUCCUGCUUAUGACAUGCAUUAAUGACCCAAAUUCUAUGUUUUUGACUGGAGACACAGCUCAGAGCAUAAUGAGAGGGGUUUCUUUCCGUUUCAGUGAUCUAAGAUCCUUAUUCUAUUAUGCAAGUAAAAACUGUGGAAGUGGGGAAAAGAACAGCAUUGUUAGAAAACCAAAACAGAUAUAUCAGCUAUAUCAAAACUAUCGCUCUCACUCUGGAAUUCUGCUUCUGGCUUCUGGUAUUGUGGAUUUGCUGCAGUAUUAUUUUCCUGAAUCAUUUGAUCGAUUACCACGUGACUGUGGCUUGUUUGAUGGCCCAAAACCAACGAUUUUGGAGUCUUGCAGUGUUAGUGACAUGGCUAUGUUACUGCGUGGCAACAAAAGGAAAACUCAACCAAUAGAGUUCGGAGCUCAUCAGGUUAUACUGGUAAAAAAUGAAGAGGCCAAGGAAAACAUACCAGAGGAAUUAAGCUUGGCAUUGGUUCUUACUAUUUAUGAAUCAAAAGGCUUGGAAUUUGAUGAUGUUCUACUGUACAAUUUCUUCACUGACUCGGAGGCUUCCAAGGAGUGGAGAAUCAUCUCUUCCUUUAGCCCGGUAUCACAAGAGACUGAAGACAGACAAACCAUUAUCGAGGUUUCUUUGGAUAAAAUGUUCAUAUCUUCAAUCAGACAAGAAGGGAUAAAUCCAGAAAUGCAUAAGCUACUCAAUGAAGAACUAAAACAAUUAUACACAGCUAUUACAAGGGCCAGAGUGAACCUGUGGAUAUUUGAUGAGAAUCAAGAGAAACGAGCCCCGGCUUUUCAAUAUUUCAUCAAAAGAAACCUUGUCAAAGUGGUUAGGACAGAUGAAAACAAAGACCUUGAUGACAAAAUGUUUGUGAGGACUUCAUCCAAAGAGGAGUGGAUUUCUCAAGGAGAUUAUUAUGCAAAACACAAAUGUUGGAAGGUUGCUGCUAAAUGCUACCAAAAGGGUGGAGCAAAAGAUAAAGAACACCUUGCUUUUGCCAAUGAUGCAGUCCUAAAUUUACAGUCCAGAAAGACUAAUGCAAGGGAUAAAGUGGAAUAUAUAAGGCUUGCUAAAACGUAUUUACAAUGUGGAGAAUCUAAACUGGCUCUCAAGUGCUUAACGUGGGCCAAAGAAUAUCGUCUCUGUGCAGAACUGUGUGAGAAACUGAAAAAGACAAAGGAUGCAGGAUAUUUUUAUAAAAGGAUUCAAGAGUACAAACUUGCUGCUCAGUGCUUUGAAAAGGCUGGGGAAUUUGAGCUGGCAAUGGACCUAUACAUAAAAGAAAAGAUGUUUGAAGAGGCUGCUGAGGUUGUUGAAAGAUGUGAAAAGAAUAAUCCAAACAUUCACCAGUCAUACACAUCCAAACAGUUGUAUCUUGAAGCUGCAGCUGAAUAUUUCAACAAUAACAAACUAAAAAAAAUGCUUGAAAUUCUGUCCAAAAUUGAUGUAGAAGACCAGUUGUUAUUCUUAAGGACACAUAAACGAUGGGCUGAAGCAGCCGACUUGCUUAAAAGUAAAGGACGAUGUGAUGAAGCUGCAUCACUGAUGAGGCAGCAUGGGAAAUUAUUAGAAGCAGCAGACCUGACAAUGAAGAGAGAAUUUCGUGCCUCUUGUUUGCUUGCUGCGGCAAGAUGCAUGAUAGCGGAAAGUAAAGAUGCCAGCAAUAUUCUUACAGAGGCUAUACAGCUUUUCAAAGAUACUGAGAAUAGAAUUGGUGUGGCUGAAGCCAUGCUUCUACAAGGAAUUUUGGAAAGUGAUUGUGAGAAGCUCCAUCAUUCAUUUCAAGAUUUCAUGUCCUUAUCUCACACUGCAGGUUCUGUGGAAGCACUCUACCAGUGUGUGAAGUGUGGAGAUCCCGAUCCAUCACCCCUUUUUAUUGUUUCAAAUGUGUUAAAUUCACUUCUAAGGCUAGUGAAAGCACUCAGAGAAACAAAAAACAAUUUAGAGAGGGAAAUGGUCAAAUCCUGCUACGAGUUUUUUGGGAUUGUAAAAGUAGAGGAAAAUAAUUGCUUCAUUCCUCAAUAUGAAGGAGCAAGAAUUGUUGAAGUCAAAAUAGAAGAAAACUUUGAAAUCAGAGACAAGAAAACCAAGGAUGCAAUGUAUUGUAUUGAGCUUAAAGAUGUAAAACUAAUGUUAGAAAAACACAUUUUAAAAAGGUUAUAUGAUAUUUCUUCAAAUGUAUUUGACAGAGUUUAUCCUGACAUCUGCCCUAAGUAUAUAGCUGGCCUAGAGUGUGCAGAUGAGAACUGCUCAGACUUUCACCGUCCUUUGCUGCGUCAUGAGCUUAAAGAAAUGAUACACAACAAGAUGGAUUUAAUAUCAAUCAGUGGAUUGCUGCUAGAAGGAAGAAACUUUGCACAAGAACUUUCUCAUUUGUUUCAAGAGAAACUAAAUGUGUACGCUUUUCGGUUUUGCAGUUCUCUGUUAAAGUUGUAUUUCCCUAAGCAUUUUCAUCUAAGAAGUGUUUCAGAAAACACAGUAGCACGCAAGAUUUUCGAAGAAAAGCGACACAAGUCACAGCCUUCAUAUAGGGCCAUGUUGAGUGAAUAUGUUGUCUCACUGUUUCAGCAUGGAGAUGAUCGAACGAGAAGAGAGUCAACUGACCACUGGUUACAGGCAAUGCAGAUUCUUACGUUGUUUUCUAAUUAUCCGGAUGGCUUGAAACGUUUCCUUGUGAAAGAGGAAACCCAGUACCACAAGGAUUGUUUGCUUCAGAGCAAGCGAAAAUUACUAGAUGGCAAACAUGGCAUGCUGAAGGCUGAUGCAUCUUCUGGCCCUCCAGAAGGAACACACAUACAUUUUUUCAGACUUCUACAAAAUGCGGUAGACCAACUUUACAUCAACCAGAACCCAGAAAAUUGUAAGACAUAUUUCUACAGAUUUAUGAAUGUGUUUGUCAAAAAAUGUACUGAACCAUUGAUUCCAAAUAUUGGCAAUACAGUUAUGCUUUUAGAGUAUCAAUUUGUUCUCUGCUGUGCAGUUCUUAUGCGUUUCAGUAUGGACACCCGAGUACUUCUACCUAAAAGUUACAUAUCCAUUCUGCAUCAUUGGGAGUUCAUGUUUGGGAGGAAAAUGUCAAAGUCUGGGGUGAAAGACACAUACUCUAUUUUGUGGGAAUUCAAAACAAGGGAUGUAAGACAGACUACACGAAACUUCAGACACCAUCUUUUUUACCUUGCUGCAGUUUUGUGUGGAGAAGAGAAUGAACAAUUCAAUGUUCUACUUGAUGCAUUUAGUGACGUAGAUUACAUUUCUUCUGGGGAAGCCGAGAGAACACUGGUGCUUUGCUUGGUAAUGAUGGUGAAUACCAAAGGGGUUUUGGAUCCAAAAGCAAAUUAUAUACUAUGUAAGCAUUUUUCAUCUAUUCAGAAAUCUUUGAUGGAUAUGAAAAAGCUAUUUCCAUCUAAAGUCUCCAACAGAAUAGUUAAUGUAGUGGACCGAGUUACUGUGCCUGUUAAUGUGGAAAAAGUGGUUAACAUCCUCCAGGAACUGCUUGUAUUACGUGAUGAUGAACGCUUAGUUGAGUGCUCUUGGAGCUGGGAUAAAGGACAAGUACGUGGUAUCUAUUUUAAUGAUAAAUUCAACUUUAAAAAGUUUGCUCAUGUUAAACAUUCAGUAACAGAUAUUAAGAUGGCUCAUGUUCAGGAAGACAGAGAAAUUUUUAAUGAAGAAAAAGUAGAUCUUGUGUCAGCCAUAGCUUCACAGGUGCAACAGGAACUCUCAGCAAUGCUUAAAUUUGAGAAACUACUACUUCUUGUCUGUUUCUGUAUAAAAUGGAAAAGAGCUUGUCUAAGGAUGAAAGUAAGACGGAUGGAAGAAACCAUUCCUGAAAACUUCAAAAGAGCAUAUGUCGACAGAACUCAGUGUGACCUUUGUGGGGUAAAAUUUUUACAGAGUGGUUCGGUCACUUCACUUCCUGAAGAAACUGAGGAAGGGAUUUCAGAAGCUGUGACUCCUAUUGUUUGGGCAAAGGAUGAUAUUGUUGGCAACACUCAGGAAGUAGGAGAGACUUAUGAGAUUCACAUUACCAAAGAGAAUCAUAAAAACCAAAAGAGAGCCUAUAACAAUUACCUGAAAUUUUACAAAGAGAAAGUGGAGAGAGUGCUUUGUGAAAGCAAAUCUCUUUUGAAAACUAUGGAAGAAACUACAGGACAUGAAUUGACCAAAGAAGUGUUCCGCUUGGAGCAAAAUAAGACCGAAAACAAAAUUAAGAAGAUUGUUGACUUAAUGGAAAGAAUCUAUGAGACUAAAACCUGGUGUGAAGCUGAUAUGUCAAUGGAAAUCCCUCUGACAGAAUUAUCAGCAGGUAUUCUGCAUGCUCAAGAGUUACUCAGAAAAAAUGAACAACAUCUGUCUAAAAAAGAAGGUUUUCCAAAGGAUGACAUGUUUGAACACGAGGUUGACUAUGGAGGAUUUGAAGAGCUUUGUUGCAAGAAGUCAAAAAAAAACAAAAGGAGGUUUAAGAAACAUUAAAAAUAUACCAUGCAUGUACGCAUUAAUGUUGCGAUAUAGGAUAAGUGUUAUGAUCUAGUAAAGUAGCUUCAACAUAGGUAUACCUAAACAAGUAUACCUAAAACAUUCAUUAAUGUGCACAUACAGACAUGUUAAGGGAAAAUUUGGCAUCAUUGUUUUAUAUAAUGUCCAUUUUGGAUAUAUUUUUCUUAUAAGAAAGUGGGUUAUAUCUUUGUUCAAAAUUACUCUUUAAGAUCUGUUCAGAUAAUAUUUGCCCAUGUUUAAUGUAAAUGUUGCUCAUUGAGUUUAUUGUAUGGAGUUCCCUCUUCAUUGCCUGUAUCAGUUUUAUACUAAACAUUUACAUUUCUUUUAUACUAAUAAAGUUAACAUUACAAAGAUAA